GCUAGGAUUGGCUUUGAAUAUACCUCCGAAUAGAGUUUGUUCCAGGAUUUCAAAUGAUCAUAUAAAUUAAAUGCCUCUCCACAUCGCUCGCCCAUUAAUUUGUGUUUCGAAAUCAACAAGAACACGACUUUCAAUUGCUUUGAGAAUUUCUCACAAGUCUUUCAUUUCAAAAUCAGAGAUUUCGUCCGUGAAGCUAGAAGAUUUCUAUGUCGAUCUCUUGCAUCGGUGUGUUCAAACCUCCGAUUCCCGCCAUGGAUCGGCAAUUCAUGCGAAGUUUCUCAAAGGAUUUCUUCCAUGUUCUCUUUUCUUCCACAACCAUGUACUUAAUUUCUAUGUCAAAUGUGGAAGUCUCUCAUGUGGUCUGCAACUGUUCGACGAAAUGCCUGAGAGAAAUGUUGUGUCCUGGUCUGCAUUAAUUGCUGGGUUCGUCCAACACGGCCGACCCAAUGAAGCCCUCUCUCUGUUUAGCCGCAUGCAUUGUGAUGGCACGAUCAUUCCCAACGAAUUCACCCUUGUAAGUGCUCUUCAUGCUUGUUCUUUAACUCAGAGGCUGAUAUGUUCGUACCAAAUUUACGCAUUAGUUCUUCGCUUAGGAUAUGGGUCGAAUAUUUUCCUCAUGAAUGCGUUCUUAACUGCUUUAAUUAGGCAUGAGAAAUUGCUGGACGCUUUAGAAGUUUUUGAGAGUUCUUCAUCCAAGGAUAUUGUAUCAUGGAAUGCUAUGAUGGCUGGUUAUUUGCAAUUAUCAUAUCUAGAACUGCCUAAGUUUUGGCGCCGGAUGAAUCUCGAGAACAUUAAGCCUGAUAAUUUUACAUUUGCUAGUAUCUUAACUGGGUUGGCUGCUCUCUCUGAGUUUAAACUGGGUUUGCAAGUUCAUGGACAGCUUGUGAAAAGUGGAUAUGGGAAUGAUAUUUGUGUAGGGAAUUCCUUGUGUGAUAUGUACAUUAAGAAUCAGAAAUUGUUUGAUGGUUUUAAAGCUUUUGAUGAAAUGCCUUCAAGUGAUGUGUGUUCUUGGACUCAGAUGGCUGCAGGGUGCCUCCAUUGUGGUGAACCAAUGAAGGCACUCGAGGUCAUUUACGAUAUGAAAAACGUCGGUGUGAGGCUAAAUAAGUUCACCCUUGCAACUGCCUUGAAUGCUUCUGCUAAUUUAGCAUCCAUAGAAGAAGGGAAGAAAUUCCAUGGAUUGAGAAUUAAACUUGGAGCUGAUAUUGAUGUUUGUGUUGAUAAUGCUCUACUUGAUAUGUAUGCAAAAUGUGGAUGUAUGAGCAGUGCGAAUGUUGUCUUUCGUUCAAUGGAUGAACAAUCUGUUGUCUCAUGGACUACCAUGAUUAUGGGAUUUGCACACAAUGGCCAAGCAAAAGAAGCCCUUCAAAUAUUUGAUGAAAUGAGAAAAGAAGGAACUGAGCCUAAUCACAUCACUUUUGUUUGUGUCCUCUAUGCUUGUAGCCAAGGAGGUUUCAUUGAUGAAGCAUGGAAAUACUUCUCUUCCAUGAGUGCUGACCAUGGGAUUUCACCCUCUGAAGAUCACUAUGUAUGUAUGGUGAAUCUCUUAGGCCGAGCUGGGUGUAUAAAAGAAGCCGAGGAUUUGAUCGGACGAAUGCCGUUUAAACCGGGUCCUUUGGUCUGGCAAACAUUGCUUGGUGCAUGCUUAGUUCAUGGCGACGUAGAGACAGGAAAACGAGCAGCCGAGCACGCGUUGAAUUUGGAUCAAAACGAUCCAUCGACUUAUGUUUUGUUAUCGAACAUGUUUGCUGGUCGGAGUAACUGGGACGGUGUGGGAAGUUUGAGAGAGCUAAUGGAAACUAGAGAUGUAAAGAAAGUACCUGGAUUCAGUUGGAUGUAAACAUGAGAAUGGUUAGUUCUUCUCCUUUUAAAGAUUCUUCGAGGAAAUUCAUGUUGGUGGGUGACUUGUUUUCCUAUGAUAGCUGUUGGGAGAGGUUAUUUGAAUCAUGGUGGUCUAAAUUUGUGGAUUAUUAUUAUUAUUACUAUUAUUAUCAUUAUUUGGCAUUUUUAUUAUCAUCGACCGUCUUCAAUU